UCACCUAGCUGGAUCUCGAAUAUUGUAAUCAUGCCGGUGACUUUGACUCCGAACGCCAUCGCGUCGAUUAACGCAGGCGACGUCAAUCUGAAGCCGCUGUUACAGGUUUUAGAUAUCAGAUUGAUAGGGAAAACUCAGGAGAGAGGCCAGGAGAGGUACCGUUUGCUAAUCUCAGAUGGUGUCUCUGCUCAACACGCUAUGCUCGCUGCUCAGCUCAAUGAUCGGGUCAAGUCAGGAAAGAUUGAGAAGGGAUCCAUUGUUCAGCUCAUCGAUUACAUUUGUAGCGACGUUAAAGGCCGCAGGCUUACUAUCGUGCUGAACAUGGAGACCAUAGUACCGCAGUCUGAAACCAUUGGGAACCCCGCACUGUCUGCCGAAUCAGAUUCAGAACUCCAAAAGCCACGUCCAGGUCCAAGCAACAUACAUCCUUCGAGUAGGGUUGGUUUCAGUGAGCAGCGUUCAACUAAUAAAGCAACUCCCAGAGGUGUAAACAUCACUCCAGGUUUCAGGCCAUCUGUUCAGCCUCCAUAUCAACCACCUCCAAGCUACAGAAAUCAUGGACCCAUAAUGAAGAACGAUGCUCCUGCUCGAAUCAUCCCUAUUGCUGCUCUCAAUCCAUAUCAAGGUCGGUGGGCUAUUAAGGCUAGAGUUACUGCAAAAGGAGAUAUCAGACGUUAUAACAACGCAAAAGGAGACGGGAAAGUAUUCUCUUUUGAUCUGCUAGACUCUGAUGGAGGGGAGAUUCGUAUCACUUGCUUUAAUGCUGUUGUCGACCGAUUCUAUGAUGUUAUUGAGGUUGGUAAGGUAUAUUUGAUUUCCAAGGGAAGUUUGAAGCCUGCACAGAAAAACUUCAACCACUUAAAGAAUGAAUGGGAAAUUUUCUUGGAGGCAGCAUCGACUGUAGAGCUUUGUCCCGAUGAAGAUGGCUCCAUACCAAGGCAGCAGUUCUCCUUUUGUCCUAUAGGUGACAUUGAGAACGCUGGAAACAAUGUCAUACUCGAUAUCAUUGGGGUUGUGACUUCUGUGAACCCUUCUGUCCCAAUCUUGAGGAAGAACGGGAUGGAAACCCAUCGGAGAACCCUCAGUCUGAAGGAUGAUUCAGGAAAGGCCGUUGAGGUUACUCUAUGGGGAGAGUUUUGUAACCGAGAUGGUCGGGAUCUUGAAGAGAUGGUUGGUUCAGCCUUUUACCCCGUUUUAGCACUAAAAGCUGGAAAAGUAAGCGACUUCAGUGGUAAAUCAAUUGGGACAAUAUCGGCAACACAGCUCUUCAUAAAUCCAGAGUUUCCUGAAGCUCAGAAACUGAGAAACUGGUUCGAUCACGGUGGAAAAUAUACUGCAUCCUUGUCCAUUUCCAGAGACAAUAUGCCUGGAGGAGGUUCGAGGAAUGAGAUACGAAAAGUUGUUUCUCAGAUCAAAGAGCAAGGUCUUGGAAGAUCAGACAAGCCUGACUGGGUCACAGUGAAAGCAACCAUAGCAUUCAUCAAAACUGAUAGCUUCUGCUACACAGCUUGUCCUUUGACGAUUGGAGAUAAGCAAUGCAACAAGAAGGUGACACGGACUGGAACAAACAUGUGGCUCUGUGACCGGUGCAACCAAGAGUUUGAGGAAUGCGACUACAGAUACCUUCUUCAAGUGCAGAUUCAAGACCACACUGGGAUGGUUUGGGUAACGGCGUUUCAAGAAUCCGGUGAAGAAAUCAUGGGAUGUCCGGCUAAGCAGCUUUACACGUUGAAGCACGAAUUGCAGAAUGAUGAGGAAUUCGCAGUGAUUGUUAGAAACAGACUGUUUCAUCAGUACAUGUUAAAGUUGAAGAUCAAAGAGGAAACGUAUGCGGAGGAAAACAGACUGAAGAUGACUGUGGUGAAGGUUGAUAAGGUGAAUUACACAUCCGAGAGUAAAUACUUGCUCAACUUGCUGGUUGGGUCUCUACAGAUAUAAACAGAGAUAUCUCAAAGAAACUCAGACUAUGUUGGUUAUCGAUCUUAGUACAAGCUGUAUUCGAGCGUUAUACUUUUUCGAAUCCCAUUUGUUUUUGGAUUCAUUGAGACAAAUUCAGGAAAGGAGUUUUUAUAGUUUUGAGCAUAGUACACACGAAAGUUCCAGUAAAACAAUACAAAGCAGGAUGCCCAACACAUUAAGAACAAUGGUGUCCAGAGACAGGAAAUAUAGCUAGCUAGCUUCUUAGGUUCUCCUGACAGGGUCGAAGUUGGAGACACCCGACGCCACUAGACGCAAUGCUGAGCAAGAGAUUCUUGAGAGACGGAGAGAUUCCUGGACCAGCGGCUUCAGCGAUCUCCAGGAUGACCAUCGAAGCGAUGA